GAAUUUUUCCAGUCACAUCAAUUUGCACUUUCCAGUUUGUAUCUAUUAAACAACACACACACACACACACACACACACACACACACAUGUCUGGUUUAUUAUCUUUGUGGGGACUCUCCAUAGGCGCAAUGGUUUGUAUACUGUCCACACUGUAUUUUCUAUCCCCUUACCCUAACCCUACCCCUAAACCUAACCCUUACAGAAAACUUUAUGCAUUUUUACUUUCUCAAAAAAUCUCAUUCUGUAUGAUUUAUAAGCUUUUGUACCCAUGGGGACCGCAGGCGGGUCCCCACAAUGUCAAAAAUUUCAGGUUUUACUAUCCUUGUGGGGACAUUUGGUCCCCACAAUGUAGCAAAAACAAGUACACAUAUACACACACACACACACACACACUAAAGCUUCCUUUCAUCCUAGUCUUGUAAUCUGAUUUUCUCCAUUGACCUCCUGUUCUUGUCUUUACUACAAACACAACAGCCAAUCAGAUUAUUACACAGUUAUUACUACAACCAAUCACAUUAGACAGGAAUUAUCAAACCAUAUGCUGCUUAACUCAAUAAUAAACUUUUUAUCUUUUAGCAUUUGUCAUUAGACAAUGUUAUUGAUAAUUAAACAGUUGAUGAUUAGUGUUUGAAGUUGUUUCUAUAUAUAUAUUCACAUUCAUACACAGCGUAUUUGUAACUGAGAAAUGCUGUGAGACUGGCAGGAACACAAGUAACCGAGAGGAGGAGCUGCAGAGAGAUUAAGCAGAUUAAAGCUGGAUUGAUGAAACAGCAUCUUUCCAAGAGAGAAGCUAACAAUCAGACCUAAAACGAGAGAGAAGUUUCAUGCUGAUGAUUAGGAGUUGAUUGUGAGGAAGACAGCAGUACAAGAGAACGACAGGAGAGGACAGAUCCGUUGGGGGAAGAUGAAUGAGACAGACAGGUGCUGAGAGGAGGAUUAGUACUCAAUAAAGCUCAGUGGAGACACACAGACAAACAUACAGGAUAAGUUACAAAAAUACAAUGAAAGGUGCCCCAUUGCCUUCCUCUGUGGUGUCAUCACUUCCUAAACCCCUUGCCUCAAAAAGGCAGUGAUUGGUUGGGACUGGUAGUUCUCAUAAUGUCACUGGCAGUGGAUGAGACAGCAGGUGACCUCCCCGUGAGGGAUGUGGGCUUGAGAUCAGGGCUGAUAACUGUUCUUACAGACACAGAUCAAGAUACCAGAAACUGGAGAAGACCACCACAGGUGCUCAAAAUAAAAGAUCGCCAACGUUUGUUCAGAAUACCACGCGAACAGCUGGAGGACCAAUGUCUCCGUCUACAGGAGGAGAACACACUUCUCAAACAACACAGCCGCACACAAGAGCAAAAACUACGCAGGUUGUCAACAAAACUGCUGCGAUUAAGGCAAGGACCUCCGUCUGCAGGGAGGGAUGGAGAGCUGGAGGACACUAUUCAAGAGCUGGAGGCUCGUGUAGCGACUCUUGAGAGUCAAAAGGGGGCGCUGCAGAGUAAACUCAGUUUAGCCAAGCAACACAUCUUAGACCUUGGUGUCAGAACACAUAACAGGCCACGAACAGGGCGAGGUGUGGAUGGGGACGGAGGGGUCAGACGAGCUGCCCAAACUGCUCCUGCCCGCUGUGGCAUCAGUUCACUGGAUGACACCAGAGGAGACAUAGACAGAUUCAGAUCUACCAUCAUAGAAACCCAGCAAGGGAGGGUGGCAGAGCUGGAGCUGACAGCUCAGUCUCUUAGAGAAACGCUUAGGGGCAAAGAAAAAGAAAUUGAGGGUAUUGUGAAAGACCUGCGCAAACAGCAAGCCGAUGGACACAGACUCAUUAUAAAAGAUAAUGUAGAUGUGAUAAAAUUGCAGAAGCAGCUUUCUGAAAAGAGCACCUCCCUUCUGGUCCUUCAGGAAAAGUUCGGUGCUCUUCAGGAGGCUUAUGAGAACCAGUUGGAGGAGGGUCAAAGGUCUUUAAAAGAGAGCCAAGGAGCACUGCUGGGGAAGGUGGAGGAACUGAGCGAGCAGUUGAAACAGGAGAAGCAGAGAGUGAUAACACUUGAGGGCCAGCUCAACACUGCAUCGCUUUCACUGCAAGCUCUGGGGGAGCUUCAGGAGAGAGUUUCAGACCUUGAGGGGGAGAAGAACCUCUUGAAGAAUAGCUAUGAUUCACUUCUGGAGAGCACUAUGUCUAUCCAGAACCAUCAAGAAGGACAACAUGAGAAAAUAGACAAAACAAGUGAACAAUUUAGAGAAGAGAGGUGGAGAGAGGAAGUACAGAGGCUUGAAGAAAGACUGGAGGAAGAAAGGAGAGCAAGGAAAAUGCUGGAGCAGGAAAAGGAACAAAUGACACAUGAGAAUGAUCAGAUUCAGAAGGAGAAGGAACGAGACAGAGAUAUGGUUAUGUUCCUUAGAGAAAAACAUGACUGCUUGGAGCGAGAAGUCCUGCAGCACAGGCAGGAAGUCACAUCUUUGCAAGAAAAACUGGACUCUGUUACAAAAGAGUUUGAUAUGAGUGUGGAAGAUCUGAGUGAGACUCUUCUGCAGAUUAAGGCCUUUAGAAUGCAGCGGGAGACUCAAGGGAUGAUGUGCUUCUUGAAAACAGAUGAAAAGUUAGAAGACACAUCAAGGGAUUUGACUGCAGUACAGGCCUCAUAUGCAGAAACUGCUUUGGAACUCCAGAAAACAAGGGACUUAUUGUUACUGCAGCAUCGACUAAAUGCUGACCUUCAGAAUGAGAUGAAGACAAUUACAGAAAAAUUUGAAAGAGAGAGGGAGGAGAAUAGAAGGAGGGCAGGUGAAAAAGACAAGCUGCUGAAAAGCAGAAGCCUUCAAAUCAGCAAUUUACAAGCUCAGCUCAAAGAGUUCGCUUACAGCCCUAGAAACUAUAAGCAGACCAUACCCCUGCAGUACACCUGGACAGGGCUGGAACAGGAGUCAGUCCAUCCCACUGCAGAGGGCGCCAUAAUCACACAUUUGCGUGGAGGAGAAUCUCUUCUGGAGAUCCAUCUCACAGGAGCCACCUUUACACCUCUGGGACUGAGACUUAUGGGACAAGGCACAGGAGAUCACCAAGGGGUUGCAACAUUUUGUACCUAUGGGUUCCUUGACUUUGAAACCCUCUCAACUUCAUUAAUAUCAGGUGGGCAGCCAAAUUAUGGCUUCACGUCGCAUUACGCCCUCUCUGAGUUCGACCUGGAGAAGCUCAGAGUUCAGGGUGGGUCCAUUACUGUUGAACUGCACCAGGGGCUUGGAGGGGUACAAUUUAUGACCCGUGGGAAGGCAAGAAUUUCUCUAAUGGGAGCUGUACAACGCAGAGGUGAACGAAUGAAAAACAGAACCAACAUCACAGGAGCCGAAGGGGAAGUCAUAGGAAUCCUUGAGUUUUGGGUGUGUUUGCAUCCUCAGGUGGAACUCACAGAACCUCAAAUGGAAAAAGCCACAAGCAGAACAGCUGUAAGACACACCAGAGGUUCAGAAUGGGCUCAUGGGCAACCAGAGGAAAUAUAUGAUUAUGGCGUAGGGAUACCCAAUGAGCUUGAGGUGGUACUAGAGCGCUGUGUGGGCCUCAAUACUCGCUGGCCAGGACUACUCCCUGAUGCAUACUUAACAUAUCGCCUUUAUGACUUGCCACCUCAUUCUACACCCAUAAUUCAAUGCUGUGUGGAUCCUGUCUUUGGUGAUUCAGCGAGCUAUCCAUUAGCUGUAACCACAGAUGUACUGGAAUACCUGAAUGUGGGCAACCUGUGGGUGUACGUGUUUGAUGACAGUGAACGUCAGACUCCUCCCACUUAUCUGGCAAAGACACCAAUCCCACUACGAGCCCUUGCAGCAGGCAGACCAAUCAGAGGUGAUUAUGUGCUUAGAGACCCUGCUGGCAAUCCAAGAGGAAUGGUGAGGGCCACUCUCAGGUGGAAGUACCCUUUCCAAUCACCUGAGGCACCCUCAAGACAAAAAGACGGAGCAGAGAAAGAGAGAAUGGUGCCUAGUGCUGAGGUUUCACAGAGACCCAUUGCAAAGCCCAGGCUUCGGCCUCCACCAGACCAUGAAGCCAAGACCACUGACACUCACCCAUCUAUGUCUAUUAAAACCCCUCAAAGAAGUUCAAUCAAACCCUCUCAGUCACCAUCCAUUCAGAUCACUGAACUGACAUCUUAUCAUCAGAAACCUCGUUUGGCUCAACCUUCAAGGUCAGUUAGACGGAAACAACAUCCUACUGCAGCGUUGUCAGUUCAGGACAAAUUGAAACCCACAACGUCACCUUACCCGAGUCCUGCCACCUCUAUUGUCAGACCAUCGGCCUCAAAGCCAAGCACCCCUCGCAGCCACAGAAGCUAUCGAAAUGACUCGACAGAGCAAAUUAAAAUGGAGGAGGAACAGGAAUAUGAAGAUCAGGAAAAUGAAACUGAAGAUAGAACUCAAAGUGACAUAGAUGCCCCUCAGUCUGAUGAAUCAAGAGAUUCAACUGGAAGUGAUGUCAUCAUAAGUCCUCACCCUCCAAAACCACGUAAAAAGGGAGACAGACUCAGAGUGGAAAUCCUGUCACUCUCUUUUAACCCUUCUUCAAGUGUUGCACUUGACCAAUCAGUCCACCAGGUUUAUGUAGAGUACCGUCUUCUAGGUAUUCCCAUGGAGACAACAGAAACACCUAUGUCCCUGCGUAAACCAACAGAUGGGGAGGAAAUACAUUAUAAUUUUACACGAGUUAUUCAUGUGGAUUGCAUCGAAGCAUCUCCUCUGAGACAUUACCUCUACACCAUGCUGGAGGGCACUGACCCCAACCAGGGCAGGUUAAAGUUCACGGUAGUCAGUGAGCCCAUGAACGAGCAAGAAGAAUGUGAAGAUGUCGGCUAUGCCUACUUGGAUUUACGAGAACUUCUGCUGACUGGAAAUGAUGUUAUCGAAGAACAAAUCGAUGUUGUCAGUGCAGAUGAAGAGCAGGAUGUGGUGGGAAAGCUGAAAGUGUCUGUAGAGGCUGCACAGGCUCUGACUGGUAUCUAUAAGGAAUAUCAUCAGGUUGGGAAACGGGAUAGAAAACAACCCAGAAACAGCACAGAGGUUGAGGAGGAGAAGGAGGAGGAAGAGGAAGGAAGAGUGAUACAAAAAAACGAGUUGCAUGUGCUUGAUUUCGAAGUUGAUGAAGACAGUGAUUUUUACUGAAAAUCUACAGCCUGAAGUUCUGCUUACACCAGGGAAAUCUUUAUGGAAAAAUUACUAGUGUUUUUUUAAACUCUAAAACAGUAAAUUUUUGCACUUGUGACAUUCUAACCUCACUCUUUAAGGAGAAGUCCACUGCCAAAACAAAGAUUCACAUUUAAUUUACUCACCCCCUUGUCAUCCAAGAUGUUCAUGUCAGUCUUUCUUCAGUCGUAAAGAAAUUAUGUUUUUUGAGGAAAACAUUUUAGGAUUUUUCUCCAUAUAAUGGACUGCUAUGAUGCCCCAAUUUUGAACUUACAAAAUGCAGUUUAAAUGCGGCUUCAAACAAUCACAAAUGCAGUUGUGAACAAUCCCAGCCAAGGAAGAAGGGUCUUAUCUAGUGAAACGAUUUUGUUUUAUUAAAGAAAAUACAAUUUAAAUACUGUUUAAUCUCAAACGCUUGUCUUGUCUUGUUCUCCCUGAACUCUGUGUAUUCUGCCUCAAGACAGUUAUGGUAUGUCGAAAAACUCCAAUCGUAUUUUCUCCCUCAACUUCAAAAAUCAUUUCAUAAUCAUCCUACAUUGCUGCAGAAGUUCUGGGAUCAUUUGAAUCCGCAU